CAGACUGAAGCACAGAGGAAGAGCCUACCAAAGUACAUACCACGACUGAACACCAUGUGGCAACAGAGGCUGGAGGCUUCAGAGAGGAACCGCCUGAAGCGACUGAAGGAGUUAGAGGUAGCCAGAGAAACGUUCAAGAAGGACAUGGAGAAGAGAGGAAGAAACAGACCCGGCACCAAUAACAAACUCUACCACAGUGCCAUAGACGUGAGGAAUGGAUCUGUGCCUAGCAGGGCCACCCUCAGAAAGCGUCCCCCGGGGUCCUUGAGACUAUCAGAUGAAGACGAGGGCGUGGAAGACCUCUCACUACGUACCUCUAGAACCUCCUCCUUCGUCACCCCCUUCAGGAGAGAAUCGUUCCCUCCUCCAUACUCUGCCCUCGAGAGGUCUGGUCACAUACUACCGGUCAAGGAAUACUUCAAGCCCGAGCUGAAGAUGUACACAAAGGUCAAGCCCUUCAACUUCCAAGCACCUGUCAAACGUCGACACAGCUGCACCAUCCACCACUUCCAUCACUAACACCUGCUACACCCCCCCAACACACACACACCUGUACGACACACCUGUACACUGAUGGUAAGUAAUUAUAAUGCAUCUUGGGUAGGAAUUAUACACCUGAUUAUUAAUUACACACCUGUAAAUUAGACUACUU